CUAAAUUUUGUAUGCAUUGUAAUUGAUUUUAGGUCAUUAGCAUUUAUAUGGGAAUGAUGGUAAAUCUUGUUGAUGCUUGGCAACCUUAUAAAGCAGCUACACAAGCAUUGAGCAACACUAUUGACAUUGCUAAUGUUAAAGAACAGUGUCAGAGAUACCACACUCGAGUUGUGAAAAUGAUUCCAACUGUUGAACAUCUUUUAAAAGAAGGAGCACUGUCUGAAGAAGUAGUGCUCGAUAAUGUUCCUAAACUUUUAAAUGUAGCCAGAGAGUGUAAUGUGACUUUAAGAUGGAUGUUGCUACACACCAUAGCAUUAACACCAGCUGCUGAAGUUAACAAAAAAUGUCGGCAGUUGAGAGAGCAAGUGAUUAAUGAUAGUCGUUACAAUCCGUUGCAAGUUUUCCAACUACUACUAUAUACUGCUCAGUUUGAACUGAAAGUAAAAGAGCUUUUUAAGCAGCUCCUUAAAGAAAAGCAAGAGAAAUGGAUGAAAUAUAAAGCAGAAGGUGUUGAAAGGAUGAAUGAAUUAGGAGAUGUGUUUUCAGGAACGAGGCCUUUAACACGUGUGGAAAAAAAUGAUAAUUUACAAGCUUGGUUUAAAGAUAUGGGUAAGCAAAUCGAAACUUUGAAUUAUGAUGAUGCUACUGCUACUGGAAGAAAAAUUGUACAGCUGAUUCAAGCUCUUGAAGAAGUAUCUAAAUUUGUUUUUAAUAUUAAAUUGAUUUUGUCAUAGCAAACUUUUUUUUAA